CCAGAUUUUAGUUGUUAGAAACCGCAUUGCCUUGAAAAGCUUUGAGCAAAACUUUUUCUUUUGGAUUAUUUCCUAAGCAAAACUCUCCAUAGAAGGGCAAUCAUUAGUUCAAAAUGUUUCAGGUCCUCAACACCUACCGUCAACUCACUUUCACCAAGGGUAUGAGAGAGUACCUAUUUCACUGUACACUUGCCAGUCCUGGGUAGUCUUGAAAUAGGGGAAAAUUUUUUCUAAAUUGAUAGAUGAAAUGAAAUCUAACUUUAACUUAAAUUUAUUGGAUCACUGAUAGCGUUCAAUAUUUGGCCAUUUUUAUCACCUCAUCUGUGAGCUUAAUUGUUCAUUUCUCUUCUAAGAUGUUAAUGCUUUAUUGAUUUGUUCAGGCUUUCUUCAAAAGUAUAAAUCUAUCGUUUGUUAUUUUUAUGGUGGAUAUUUUUCCCAGUUUGAAAUUUGCCUUCAACAUCUAUUCAACACACGUUUAUCUUAAGCCUCCCCCAACAGCCCGGCACUGGUGAAGUAUCAAGGACGCCACAGACGCAGUCCCUGCCCUUCAUAAUCUCAGGGUUUAAUACAGGGAGGCAGGCAGGUGAGCAAUGAGUGUAAAAGCAGUAAGUCUUUCACAGUUUCCAUGAGAAGUGUGAGCAGUCUACAGCGGAGACACUAAGAGAGCUAAGUGCUCAAUUCUCAUGUAGGGGCCAGGAAAGGCUUUCCAGAGGAGAUGAUUCUGAACUGAGUAUUGAUGCUGAGUAAACUAGUGUAGCAACAAGGGACAAGGUGGGAAAAGGCAUUCCAGGCAGAGAGAACACCUACAAAUGAGGCCAGAGAGCUGGUCUGUUAGGGAACUUCAGUAGCUGGGUUGGACUAGGGUGUAAAUGUCAGGUCCUGAGGAACAAGAGGCUGGAGAGACCUCAGAGCUCACAACUUAAAAAAUUAUAAAUAACUUGAGAUGUUCAGCGAAGUCAAAUUAACCUUUUCCUUACUCAUCUUUUACACAAUGUUUAAGCUAAGAAAGUCCUUUCUGACCCAGAGUUUUUAUGCUUACCUUUAUUUUCUUCUAGUUUCCAUUUUUAAUACUUCGAUUUUAUUUUACUCGUGACAUUUAAUUGUUUAAUUCACCCGGAAUUGACUUUGGUAUAUGAUGGUAAGCCUCAUUGGGAUCUUUUUUCGGCUGUAAUGUUUAUCACAUCUGUAUUGCUCAUUAAGCUUCUUUCUGUAACCUUAUUUUGCUAAUGGGUAAAAACAGGGAAUGCUGAAUAUCCAAUAAGAGGUAUUCCCAGCUGAGGACAAUGAUAAAGGGAAAUGAAAGAAAUUUCACUGGGGUUUCCUCUUUUACUGAACUGUGUUAAACACUACAGGUACAACUCACAGGUACUUAGGAUCCUGACUCCCAGGGUAGCGCUGCUAUUUUGUUCUUAGAGGUUGCAAAUGUUUAAGGCGCAAACCUGUUUCCACUGACAGUAAUUCAUUCUCGUGACAACUGAAGUGGGGAGAGGGAGGAGGAAUAUGUCACUGGCAGCUUGAUUUGUUUACUCCUCCCAGAAAUUAGGUAGAGUCGGUUUUCUUCCCCAGAUGCUGGCUGGAAACCCAGUGGGGUCGGCAUCUCCUCUCGGUACAGUACAAGCCCAACACCGGGCUGGGAGCUGGGAGCUGAGAGCUAUGAUUUGUUAGAAAGGCAAGCAUAACCCGACCAGAUUGGUUCUGGACUCCCCCAGAUCUCCCUGUUACUUCACAGCAUUCUGAAGACCUGUCUACCAAUCACAGCGCUCCUUACUGGAAAAAGCAACUGCUGGAGAGUGCUGGGAGCCCCUAGCAACGCUCUGAGGCUUUUGAAUCUGAGGGGGAAGACUGCAGUUAGCCGAUGGUGGAGCAGAGCAGCACCUAUGCCUCAGGAAGAGAAGCCUCUCAGGAUGGACCCUCCACCCUCUGAAGAGCCCUUAGAUAAGCAAAACAAAAAACUAGAAAAGCAGGAAGAGGAGAUGGAGUUUAAGGAACUGGAUGGUCUGAAGGAGGCCUUGGCAAACCUCCGGGGACUGUCGGAGGAGGAGAAGAGCGAGAAGGCGAUGCUUUGCUCCCGCAUCCAAGAGCAGUCCCUGCUCAUCUGCAUCCUAAAGCGGAGGUCAGACGAGGCCCUGGAGCGCUGCCAGAUCCUGGAGCUGCUCAACACAGAGCUGGAGGAGAAGAGGCUGCUGGAGGCAGAGAAGCUGAAGGCCAAGAGCAAGCAUGCCCAGAAGCUGGAGGAACGCUUUAUGACCCUGGCAGCCAACCACGAGUUGAUGAUCCGCUUCAAGGACGAGCACAAGAGCCAGAACGUGAAGCUCAGGGAGGAGAAUGAGAAGCUGAGGCUGGAGAACAGCAACCUCUUCAGCCAGGCUCUGAAGGACCAGGAGGCCAAAGUGUUGCAGCUCACUGCCCGCAGUGAGGCCCUGUCCAAGGAGCUGGAGACUCUGAAACAGAGGUGUGCUCAGGAGGCCUGCCAGGCUCAGGCCAGAGAGAAGGAGCUGCUGGAGCUGCAGAGCCAGCAGGCCUGCGCCCACACCCAGGAGACGGAGCAGCUGCGCAGCCAGCUGCAGAGCCUUAAGCAGCAGCACCGGCAGGCCGUGGAGCAGAUGGCCAAGGCCGAGCGGGUGCACGGCAGCCUGAACCAGGAGCUGCAGGCCAGGCUGCAGACAGUCACUCGUGAGAAAGACGAGCUGUUGCAGCUGUCCAUGGAGAGGGGCAGGGUGCUUCAGAGCAAGCAAGUGGAGAUUCGCCAGCUUGAGGAGAAGCUGGAGACAGCAGAUGUGGCCAGGAGGCAGGCACUGGAGAGGUUUGAACAAGAGGCCGUGGCCGUGGACAGUAACUUGAGAGUGCGGGAACUUCAGCGCAGGGUGGAUGGGAUCCAGAAGGCCUAUGAUGAACUCAGGCUGCAGUCUGAAGCCUUCAAAAAGCACAGCCUGGAUCUUUUAAGCAAGGAGAGAGAACUCAACGCCAAACUCCGCCAUCUCUUCCCAUAGGAAGCUUCUGUUUCCUCUUUCCUCUAAUUUAGAAUUUAAAUAUUUGUGCCUUAGCAUUAUGACAAGAGUAAAGUUGGUUUUCCAUUCAUUAUACUUUUAAGCAUGAAAGGCAACUCAAAGAAAAGCUGCUUUACUGUGAUGUUGUGGUUGUUACUGUUGUAAGGCUAGCACUAAUCUUCAGUCCUACCACCUAAAAUACACAUGAUUUACGAGAUUCCUUUCUGUGCCUUUGAAAUCCUUCUACGUUUGCUAUCAUUAUCUCCAUCUUCCUCAUAACUUAUUCAUUCUCAACCCCAGAUAUUCUCAAAUAUCCUGAGACUUUAAAUUAGCAGCUCCUAUGGACUUACGUGAAUCUUAAAAGUGCAAGGAGAUAUACUAUUGUGAAAACAGUUUUGCAUAUUUCCCCCUUGUAGAUAGGUAGGUCUGUAGUCUCCCUUAGUUGAAGAUAUAAACUGUAACAGUUAAUAGCAUAAUAAUGGCAUAGAGAACUUGCAGAACAAAUUGUCUGAUUUUGCAACUGACAAACAAUUGCUUGCUUCACCUGCUUUAUAGCAGUAGUAGCCUUUGAUUUUAUUUUACUUGCACUGGCUUGGAAAACAAAGAUUGAAAUCAUUAAGUUCUUUACCAGAGUAGGCAAACUGUAUUACAGUCAUUCUAUAGGAGCAGUAAGAUUCAAAUUAAGUGAAAUCAACCAGUUUUAAUUUUUCCUGCAAGCUUAGAUCACAUUCCAUUUUCUUGCUUUUUCUCCUUAAUAAAAACAGGAUUUAUAGGUGCAAGGGUGCAAGUAUCAGUAGUUUCAUUUAAUAUUGCAUAUUAAGCUAAUAGACAAAGGCCCCAGUUUACAGUAACAAGUCAGAGCAGACCAGGUAUGAUACAUAAAGCAAUGCAUAGUGAUGAUUUUGUUUCUUUUAGCAGUAUUUCCUUGCAAUUACCUUUUCCUUUUUUUAUUUAUUUUUUAACUUUUUCCUUUUUUAAGAAAACACCUAAAUGAAAUACAUAUGUAUACUUAUAGCAUGUUUGUAGGAAUACCUAAAUAUGUAGAUAUAUAAAAACAUAAUAGUUAUUACAUCUAUCUACAGAAAGUUCUUAAAGAGGCAGUUAUAAAAAAUAUAUUUUAUACUUCCCUAUUUCCCUAGUUUUAGUCAAUAUAUAAGCAUUAUUAUAAAUAUCUCUCAAAAUAGAUUGUAAUAUAGU